UUACGAAGCCAUUAUGGCUCUCCACACACCAGUUUCGUAACCUAGAGAGGGAGGAGUCUUCCAUUUCUCGAAGCCGGAGGAGCAGCAUCCGAGACAGCGUAAAAACUGGAGCAGCGGUGCUCGAAGAAGACUGGAAUACGAAAUAAUAUCUUAUUUUAAACAUACAAACGAAAUAUACAUGCAUGCACAUUUUACGAGAUAAGCAUGAAGGUAUUUGAUUUAAGAUCAGGUAGCUGAGCUGUUUGCAACCUUUGUUUUGCAUGUGCGGUAAUAUUCCAAGACAUAUGUGAUACGUUGGGUGUGCUCAGCGCAAUAACGGCGCUAGUAAGCUAUUUCAAACGGUAAAAUAAAUCCAGAUAGCUAGGAGAUAGCCAACCAUUUUAUAGUUAGCCAGCUAGCUUGCGGGGGAGCAAGCUGCCUUCUCGGGCAGAGGCAUCAUCGGAUGCAUCGAACAAGAAGAGGUAUCUGGUAACUUAGGCAUUAACCGAAGAUACAAUCUCGGGGCAUGCAAAGCGGUGUGUUUUGUGCAAACCGUUGAAAAAUCUCCGCGCCCUCGGCUCUGGUCGUUGGAUUAACCAGCCGGGAGAGAAGGAGAAGGUGGGGCCGAGGAGUGUCAAAAACGGUCUAGCUAAACCCAGCGCAUGUAGUUUAGCGCUCUAGCUAGCUGGCUAACGUUACCUUCUCCAUCGGUUUUCCAUUUGGGAAAUUAAUUUUGGAACCAAGAAUUAUUCGACCAUUGGAAUUCUGAGAGCUUGCUGGGGUAUUCCGUGGCAGUUCCCCCUCUCCAUCAACGAGGAUAAGUCAGAGCUGUACACUUGAGGCCGUUGGCUUCUCUACAAAUAAUACCGUGUGGGGCGAAUUUCACGGGGGUAGCAUCCCCGUUUGCUUUGGACCAUGGCGGACGACGACGUGCUUUUCGAGGAUGUCUACGAGCUGUGCGAGGUGAUUGGGAAGGGUCCCUUCAGUGUGGUGAGGCGCUGUAUCAACAGGGACACAGGGCAGCAGUUUGCGGUGAAGAUCGUAGACGUGGCCAGUUUCACCUCCAGCCCUGGCCUCAGCACAGAGGAUCUGAAGAGAGAGGCCAGUAUCUGUCACAUGCUGAAGCACCCUCACAUCGUAGAGCUACUAGAAACCUACAGCUCAGAUGGCAUGCUCUACAUGGUCUUUGAGUUACAUAGUAUGGAUACAGCUGACCUGUGUUUUGAGACUGUGAAGCGGGCGGAUGCUGGUUUUGUCUACAGUGAAGCCGUAGCCAGUCACUACAUGAGACAGAUCUUGGAGGCGCUGCGGUAUUGCCAUGACAACAACGUGAUUCACCGUGACGUGAAGCCUCACUGUGUCCUGCUGGCCUCUAAGGAGAACUCUGCUCCAGUCAAGCUGGGGGGGUUUGGAGUGGCCAUACAGCUGGGAGAGUCAGGCCUGGUGGCAGGAGGUCGAGUAGGCACCCCCCACUUCAUGGCCCCAGAGGUGGUGAAGAGAGAGCCGUAUGGUAAGCCUGUAGACGUGUGGGGCUGUGGAGUCAUCCUGUUCAUCCUGCUGUCUGGCUGCCUGCCCUUCUACGGCACCAAGGAACGCCUGUUUGAGGCUAUCAUUAAAGGGAAAUAUAAGAUGAACCCACGCCAGUGGAGCCACAUCUCGGAGAGCGCCAAGGACCUGGUGCGCCGCAUGCUCAUGCUUGACCCUGCAGAGAGGAUCACUGUCUACGAGGCCCUCAACCACCCCUGGCUCAAGGAGAGGGACAGGUAUGCCUACAAGAUCCACCUGCCAGAGACGGUGGAGCAGCUGAGGAAGUUUAACGCAAGGAGGAAACUCAAGGGGGCAGUGUUAGCUGCUGUCUCCAGCCACAAGUUUAACUCCUUCUACGGAGACCCACCAGAGGAGAUGCCUGACUUCUCUGAAGACCCCACCUCCUCAGGACUGCUAGCCGCUGAAACAGGAGCAGUAUCUCAGGUGCUGGACAGCCUGGAGGAGAUCCAUGCUCUGACCGACUGCAGUGAGAAAGAUCUGGACUUCUUACACAGCGUCUUCCAGGACCAGCACCUACACACACUGCUGGACCUCUAUGACCAGAUCAACACCAGGUCGUCUCCUCAGAUCAGAAACCCUCCCAGUGAUGGAGUACAGAGAGCCAAAGAGGUACUGGAGACAAUCUCCUGUUACCCCGAAAACAUGGAGGCCAAGGAACUCCGGAGGAUCCUCACACAGCCACACUUCAUGGCCUUGCUCCAGACCCAUGAUGUGGUGGCCCAUGAGGUGUACAGUGAUGAGGCUCUGAGGGUGACCCCCCCGCCCACCUCACCCUACCUGAACGGAGACUCUCCCGAGAGCACCAACGGAGACAUGGACCUGGAGAACGUGACGAGAGUACGCCUGGUUCAGUUCCAGAAGAAUACUGACGAACCUAUGGGCAUCACUCUGAAGAUGAACGAUCUGAACCACUGCAUCGUGGCCCGUAUCAUGCACGGAGGAAUGAUACACAGACAAGGUACGCUGCAUGUCGGAGACGAGAUCAGAGAGAUCAACGGGAUCAGCGUGGCCAAUCAGACCGUAGAACAGCUCCAGAAGAUGCUGAGGGAAAUGCGAGGGAGCAUUACCUUUAAGAUCGUCCCCAGCUACCGGUCCCAGUCCAUGUCUUGCGAGGUAUGGACCGAUUCUCUUGUGUCUCUAGAAAAUCAGAAAGAGUCCCCAGACCUAUCCAGACAGUCGCCAGCCAACGGCCACGCUAGCGUCACUAGCUCCAUCCUGGAUCUGCCCUCUACCAUCCAGCCUAAAGGACGACAGAUCUCCAGACCUGCCAUCAAGGACAAAAUGUCCAUCAAGAUCUACGUGCGUGCCCAGUUUGAGUACGACCCUGCCAAGGAUGACCUCAUCCCCUGUAAGGAGGCCGGGAUCCGCUUCCGGGUGGGUGACAUCAUCCAGAUCAUCAGUAAGGACGACCAUAACUGGUGGCAGGGCAAGCUGGAGAACACUAAGAACGGAACCGCAGGGCUCAUACCGUCACCAGAACUACAAGAGUGGUGAGGACAGAACCCAUGGAACCCAUACU